AUGAAUGCAGAGAAACGAAGAAAAUCCAGAGUACAGGGAGGAUGGGCAGGUGCAGGGAGCAAACGGAAUAAUGCUAUCAAACCAAAACAAUCAGUUUUGGCAUCACAUGCUUCAAGCCAAAGCCCUGUGACUGGAAUAGUUGCACAAAGGCAAGUUCUGGCAAGUGCUCAGUCGCAUACUGCCAAGUUGUCUGAGUCAAGUAUUCCACAGUGGACUGAACAGGAAAUACAAGUAAAACCAGCUGACCGGACUAUAGUAAAAUCUGGCACAUACGAUAUAAGCACAGAACCAUCUGGAAUGAAAUACCUUCGGAAGCAGAGAUCAGAAGUUCAUGGCGGGGUCAGAGCUGUUCAACCCAGGCUGACUGCCUGGUAUAGCGAGCUUCCAUACACAUACGCUGGCAUCACAGUGGAAGCUAAUACAUCUGAGUGGCCAAAAUGCUUUGGCUGGCACUCUGUCGAUGAGCCAAUCAUGGGAAAGAACCCUUCAAUUGCAUCGCUGUCCUUCGGCGAAGAGAGAGUAUUUGAGCUAGACUACACCUAUAGCCAAGUUAUUAACAUACCUCUAAGAAGUGGUUCACUGCUCAUUGAGUACCAUGACACAGGAGCCAGGAUAAACGUUACAUUCAGAGUGGCAACACCUUCCCACAAGUGA